GAUCCAAGUUUCUAGGGUUUCACUUUAGUUCCCAAAACCCAUUAGCACUAUCUCCACUACUAAACCAACAACACCAUUUUUAUUUUCAUUUUCAUGUCAAUUUCAAUUUCAUUUCUUUGCUUCUUCUAGAUUCUUCCAUUCACCGUAACUGCGCACCCUUUCAUCUUCUCACCGGUAAGUCCAAUUCUUUAAACCCAUCUCCUUCUCAAGCCUCGACUUCAUCGAAACAUAAUUCUAGUGCACAAGUAAUUUCUCUUUACUUUUACAAAUUUGAUUUUAUUUAGAUUUAGGUUUAGACUUAAGUAUAACUUAUUAUUGUGUGAAAAGAAAGUGAGAGUAUGGGGAGAUCAGGGGGUAGAAAAAAGAAGAGUGGUUCUGUUGACAAUUCGGCUUCUUCUGCUCAAACGGUGAAUGGUGGUGUGGAAUUGGAUUCUUCAAUUUUUUUGAAAAAGGCACAUGAAAUGAAAGAAGAAGGGAAUAAGAGAUUUCAGAAUAAGGAUUAUGCUGGUGCUCUUCAACACUAUGAGAAUGCUCUUCGUUUGACACCCAAAACGCAUCUUGAUAGGGCUGUUUUUCACAGCAAUAGGGCUGCUUGUUUGAUGCAAAUGAAACCAAUUGAUUAUGAAUCUGUGAUUUCUGAGUGUACUUUGGCACUUCAGGUUCAGCCGCAAUAUGUCCGGGCUCUACUUCGUAGAGCCCGGGCCUAUGAGGCUGUUGGUAAGUAUGAGAUGGCUGUGCAGGAUGUGCAGUCUUUAUUGACUGCUGAUCCCAAUCAUAGGGAUGCUUUGGAGAUUGCUCAGAGAUUGAGAACUGCGUUUGGACCUCGUCAGGAAGCGCAGCAGGAUCUUCACAGUCGUCCUUCCCCUGCUGCGCUUGGGGCUUCUGCUGUCCGUGGUGCACCGAUUGCUGGAUUAGGCCCGUGUUUGCCUGCACGGCCAUCUUCGAAGAAGGGAGCAAAUCCUGCUGUUGGGUCAGUUGUCUCUCCUAAUAGCAAGGUAGACAAGUCUCAACAUGUUUUACUUCCAACUGAAAAUGGUCCUGAGACCAAGACCCAGUUGCCUAAAGUAGCACUGAAGCCUUCUAAUGGUACUGUGAAGCAACCUAACUCGAAAAAUGAAAACCAGAAGGAACAGUUGUCUUAUUCAUCGGCUAUUCACGGAAAGCUGUCGGAGGUCGCGAUUCGGUGGAGAUCAUUGAAGCUUGUUUAUGAUCAUGACAUUAGGCUUGCCCAGAUGCCGGUGAACUGCAGUUUUAGAGUACUGAGAGACGUGGUAAGCAAAAGAUUUCCUUCAUCAAAUUCAGUUCUGAUCAAGUACAAGGAUUGUGAUGGUGAUUUGGUUACUAUAACUUCUACCGAUGAACUCAGAUUGGCAGAGUCUUUUGUUGAUAAUUAUCUGCUGAAAGAACCUGAAUUGGGUAAAAGUGAUUCCAUUUCGGUGCUGAGACUUCAUAUUGUUGAAGUUAGUCCAGAGCAGGAGCCACCUUUGUUGGAAGAAGAGGAAGAAAAACUUGUUGAGAAUGAAGCGACCAAGGAAGAUGAGAGUAGAUCUCAUUCUUCCCUUGGUGAACCUGUCACUGAAGUUCAUGAAGUUCCUGAUACCGAGGUUGAUAAGUUAAGUAAGGAUGCUUCAAAGGAAAAGCCAGGAGCCACAGGAGAUAAUGAAUGCAAAGAAGUGGAGAUGGAUGAUUGGUUGUUCGAAUUUGCUCAACUUUUCCGCUCACAUGUUGGUAUUGACCCAGAUGCUCAUAUUGACUUGCAUGAGCUUGGGAUGGAGCUUUGUUCCGAGGCACUUGAAGAAACAGUUACUAGUGAGGAGGCUCAGGAUCUAUUUGACAAGGCUGCUUCAAAGUUCCAGGAGGUGGCAGCUUUGGCAUUCUUCAAUUGGGGCAAUGUUCACAUGUGUGCUGCUAGGAAGCGGAUUCCCUUAGACGAGUCUGCUGGGAAAGAGGUAGUGGCAGAACAGCUUCAAGUGGCUUAUGACUGGGUCAAGGAAAAGUAUUCUUUGGCAAGAGAGAAGUACGAAGAAGCACUCUUGAUCAAACCAGAUUUCUACGAAGGACUGUUGGCGUUGGGCCAGCAACAAUUUGAAAUGGCCAAGCUACAUUGGUCUUUUGCACUUGCUAAGAAGAUAGAUUUAUCAGGUUGGGAUCCAACAGAAACUCUUCAACUGUUCAACAGUGCAGAGGAGAAGAUGAAAGCUGCAACAGAAAUGUGGGAGAAGUUGGAGGAACAGAGAGCAAAAGAGCUAAAGGACCCAACUGCAACCAAGAAAGAAGAACUAUUGAGAAGAAGAAAGAAACAGGGAAGUGCUACUGAAGGAGAGUCUUCUAGUGCUGGUGGUCAGGGUGAUAUAUCUGCUGAAGAAGCUGCUGAGCAAGCAGUGGUCAUGAGAUCACAGAUUCAUCUCUUCUGGGGCAACAUGCUUUUUGAAAAAUCCCAAGUUGAAUGCAAAUUAGGAAUGGAUGGUUGGAAGAAAAACCUGGAUGCUGCAACAGAACGCUUUAAGCUUGCAGGAGCUUCUGAGGCAGAUAUUUCGAUGGUUCUAAAGAAUCAUUGCUCAAAUGGAGAUGCAAAAGGUGAUGAUAAAAAGGUCCAGAGCCCACAUCCCAACAAAACCGGUGAAGGCGAACUAGAGAUCAAUAAGGACAAUCAAGUAUGAGCUAAAAGAUGUGCCUCUGAAAUCUCAUUUGUUUCUGUUCAGUUGUGUCUUCAAUGAAGAUUCUGGACAAGGAAUAUCCUUGUCAUCAAGAGCUCAAAAGGAAUGUCUGAAUUUUUGGGAACUUGCAAUUGGAAAUUUAGGGUACCUUCAAUAAUUAGCUCUGCCCUCUUUUCUGAAGUUUUUGGUGAUCUGAUGAAGGGGAGAUUGUUUAUUAACAUUAUUUACACAGUUAUGAAUUUCCAAUGAUCAAUUUCACUUGCUCAGUCAUUUUUGUCCCUUGCAUUGUUCAUUGUACUGUUGAAACUUAUCGAGGAUUGCAUACAUGUUUGGCUCUUGACAAUUUGCGUUGUUGGGUCUUACCAAUAUGCUGCAUGUGUUGCUGAUUUUAUAAACUAAUGUUUUAUAGGCUUAAGUUAUGCUUAA